GUUGAAGCCAAUCUAGCCUGCCCAGGUGCUUCAAUCAUUUGAACACACACACAUAGCUCCGGGACUCUCCGGGAAAUUUUCAACGUGCACUGCAACGCUUUCGAAUUUGCGACCGGUUUUGGCUCGGCUUUGCCAUGGACGAGUUACUAAAUCUGAUUCUCAGCGGCAUACAGCUUCAACUGGAGGAGUCUGCGGAGGAUAGCGAGGAGGACAUCGAGGGGGUGAUGGAGGACGAAGGAGCACUGGACGGACCUGAUACCAGAUUGCUGUACUACUUCAGCAGAUUGUACAACUUUCUCAGUGGGAAUAUCUUCCUGACCACCUACGUGGAGCGCGGGCGGAGGGAAUACUUUGCGGGAUUCAGCAAUGUGCAAUUGGUGGCUCCGUUCCAGGGCGAUCGACAGAGCAAGCGGUACCGCUGGAUCCACCUGUCUCUCAUCUUUCGCGCCUUCAGAUCCACGACUGGGUCCUAAGGAAGAUACCCCCCACCGUGUCACAGCCAAAUUGAAAUUCCAUUUGGCAUUUGUUCGGAGUUGUUGGUCCAUCUAGUUUCAUUUUGCGCCCUGGCUUUCGCCUCUGCACCCCCCAAAGUCCACAUCUCUGCCCUUUUCGGGUCCCCUGUGAAAGAGUGUGUGUGUGUGACAUUUUGGCAGCAGUUCAACGGAAAAACGUUUGGCAGCACGGCCAGAAAAUGAUAAGCCUGGCCAGCGAGAAAAAAGCGGAGAGGAACAGGCGAGGAAAAGUAAUUGAAAUGCAAUGCACUAGAGGGGCGAAGGGAUGCUAUGGUGGACUCAAAAGAAGGAAUUGAAAGAGACUUCUUCAAUGCCACCAUAAGGUUUCCUGCCCUCAAGGCCACUGGUUAAGGUGCCACGAAUUCAACUAAGCCGACCAUCUAAUUAACAAGAUUUUCAAAUUUUUUUCAUACAGCUAAUAACGCAAUAACUGAAAAUGGAAUGUAACUCUCUAUAACUCGAAGUAAAUGCCCAUUUAUGGCGUGUGAUUUAGUACAAUUCUUAGGAUAAGAGAGAUAUAAUCUGUUCCUAGCGCCCCAAAGGGUUCCGUCAUCUCAUAGCCUUGACCAGAGGCGUAUAAAACUGGGAAUUAUGUCUAAAUUAUAAGUGUCGAAUUGAGAGGCGCCAGGAUGGAGAGAAGGGCAGAAGUGGGCUGCCUCAACUCCACCGCCCACCCACUCGAUCCCGCCCAUCGCCAAUUAUCCAUGCGCCCAACGCGUCACUGGGGACAGUUGGCAACAAGCGGCGGUGGCCUAUGGCGAUGUCAUUCAAUCCCAUUCAAUGGCGAUGUGGCAAUGGGGCGUAUGAGUGAUGGCUGCUUAGCCAAGCGGGAGCCGGGUCGCCAGUAUUAUUGGCACCAUCGUUGCCCUAUUUGUCAAUGAGCGGAAAAAAGUCCGACGCCCUUUACAAAAAAAGACAUUUAUUCGCUGUCGCGCGCGUUUCGACGAGUGGGUAAACCCAAUGGC